AUGGCGACGAAUGCUUUUCUUUCCUACGAUGUCUUGAUUCUGGUCCUCGGGUGGUUUCGGGACGACUAUAGCUCGCUUUGUGCGGUCUCUCUCGUGAAUCAUACGUUCAGAGAGGCGUCUGCGACAUAUCUGUACCGAAAAGUGACAUACUCCCCAGAGUUCAGCCCCGUCCUCGACCUCAGAAAACGGGACGACCUUCGGGAAGGGCUCUUUGUCUCGGCCCUCCUACCUCACAAUGCACCACUUGUCCGGCGCUUUGAAGUCAGUGGGUACAUAUCGACGCGUCCGGCGCAAAUAAGCAGGCUAUCAAAGUAUAUGAAGACCGCUGUAGAGAGCUGGCCCAAUCUGAAUACUUUGGUAUUCGCACCGAAAAAACACCAUGACGCCUUGUUCACGGAGGUCCUGCCUCUGUUGCCACAUCUGAGUUGCCUGCGCAACUUCACAGUGAACGUGAGCUGCGCGGACGAGAAGCAUGUUCCCGCGCUCGUCCAGUUACGCAACCUCGAAAGUUUGACGAUCCAGUCCCCGACACGGGCCCUCCUGCAGUCCCUCCCGCAGUGGCUGGAGGAGCUACAAAGCACACUCCGCAAUUUCCGACUAACGCAAAGCUGCGGAUCGGUCACUCCGGGGGUCUUGCGCUCCUUCCUGCCUUAUCUCCAUAAUACACCCUCGUUCGCUCUCGGUCUCUCCUACUCGCUCACAGAUGACGACAUGUUCAAAUUCUGGGAGGACCUGCCUUGCCUACAGACUCUCGACUUCCGUUACUACCUGCAAAUGCGACCCUCGAUAAACCCCCGCCUCGCACAUCUGCGCCAUCUUACAGUCCGGUACUCCAGCGUCUCAACAACGGAUGAGACCAAUCGCCUCUGUCGAUGGGUUCGUCGCGUGAUCGCCAACGCCCCGCUGGAAACGCUACGUCUGAUCUGCGAAAACGAGACGGACGGUGUCGCAGUCAGCUUCCAUCCGCUCGUUGAGCACCUCUCCGCCAAGCAUGCCACCCGUCUCCGGAUACUGGAUAUGCCGGGAUGUUAUGUGCCCAAAGACGCACUAAGCAAGUUGUGCCGUACUUGCACUGCCCUAGAAGAAGUCGCGCUGAGUAUAUCGACAGACACGCUGAUCGAUUUUCCAUCAUUCGCGAGACCCUCGACACGCCUACACACAGUGACGUUCAACAUACGGAACCACUGGUGCCGCUGCGACAUCUCCCAGGACCUUGCGGAGACGCUGGUACGCAGCGCUCCGACCCUGCGGCGUGUCACCGUGGACGGGCAUCGGUAUGAGGUACGUCACCGCGUCGAUGUUGUCCUGUGCACGAUCUAA